UAGCGGUUUCUCCUGACAUCAGUGCACUACUUAGGGGACAAAUGAACAGUAUCAGCACUCUAUCUAGUGCACUACAUAUGGAUUAGGGAGUUUUAUUAGGAGAGAGCCGGGAGUUUGUGUUCCCUUCCUCUCUCUCUCACACACACACACACACACACCCGGAGCAGAGAGGAGCGGCCGUGUUUAUGGUGUAACGACAGUGUCAUUAACGGUAAAUUAGCGCCGGAUUGAUUUCCGUCAUGGCGGCGAGUGUGAAGCGCAAACAGGAAGAGAAGCACCUGCAGCUGCUGCGCGAGAUGACCAGUCGGCCCGCCAACCGGAAAUGCUUCGACUGCGAGCAGCGCGGCCCGACCUACGCCAACAUGACCGUGGGCUCCUUCGUCUGCACCACCUGCUCCGGCAUCCUACGGGGCCUGAACCCUCCACACAGAGUGAAGUCCAUUUCGAUGACGACGUUCACGCAGCAGGAGAUCGAGUUCCUCCAGAAACACAGCAACGAGGUGUGUAAGCACAUCUGGCUCGGGCUGUAUGAUGAUCGCAGUUCUGCAGUGCCGGAUUUUCGAGAGCCUCAGAAAGUGAAAGAGUUUCUCCAGGAGAAAUACGAGAAGAAACGAUGGUACGUUCCUCCAGAGCAGGCGAAGAUGUUGGCGUCUGUCCAGGUUCCUCACUCAGGAUCUUCAGCGAGCACCAGCAGCACUCCUGAAGUUCAACCACUCAAAACACUGCAGCUCAACAAAACUCCAUCCAGCCAGUCCCCGGUGAUCAGUCGUUCUCAGCUUCAGGAGAAGAAGUUUGAUCUGUUGUCUGAUCUGGGUGGAGAUAUAUUCGCAGCUCCUCCGUCUCACAGCGCCGCUCCGACAAACUUCGCCAAUUUUGCACAUUUCAGCAAGCCAUCAGCAGGGGGCGUAUCAGCUCCACCGUUGCCCAGCGUCUCAGCUGAGGAUCGAUACGCCGCUCUGGCAGAACUGGACAGCGCUCUCAGCUCCACUUCACAAGGAGUGUUUGAUGCUGUUCCCGGCUCGGCAGCAGCUCCGACUCCGCCCCUGAUUCCCAGCAUGCAGCAGGGUUUUACAGCUUCCACAAAUCCGUUCGUCGCUGCGGCGAUUCCUCCGGAGUCGAUGUGUACAAAUCCGUUCCAGACCAACAGCAGAUCAUCAGCUACAGGAUCCAUGAGCAUGCCGGCCGGAUUCGGGAACGCCUCCAGUUUCUGCCUUCCCACCAGCUUCAGUGGGAAUUUCCCUCAUCCGUUUCCCCCGGCGCCGUACCACCAGCAGCCCAACGGUGGGUUUCCUGUUUACGGUCAGAAACCUCCGAUGAGUUACGGUCAGCCCGCCGUCUCCAACAACCCCUUUAUGGGUGGAGCUCCAGCAGGUCCGUAUCCCACCGGUGGAUCGUCCACUAAUCCGUUUCUGUAAAACACAGAGCUACGACACACACACACACACACACACACACACACACACACACACACACACACACACACACACACACACACUCACACUCUCUCUCACACACACACACAAACACAAACACAACCACUUUAUAUUCACUGCACUGACACUUCUAGAGAAAGAGGCGUGUUCUGUGUUCCAGCGCUGUUUUCAGCGCAUCCUCGUCCUGAUAAAGUGACAGAAGUCCGUUUUAAAGUCCGUUCGAGAUGGCGGUGGAAUGUAGGGAAAGUGGACGAGGGUGGAUUGAGAGCGGAGUUGGAACACAGCCGUGCAGAAGAGACGCAGCAGACGGUCUUCCUACAAUCCCCGCUCAGCUCCCGUCACGCUCCACAUCCGCAGUCCAUCCUAUUUAUGGCUUUCACUCAAUAAUUAAUAAUAAUGUCUUAGGCCUAGCAGUCGUGCUUCUCGCUAUUUGUAAUCCUUUUAAAACAGCGUUAUUUAUGAUUUAAAAAAAUAAACGAAGUGUUGAAUCAGAAGCAACAGUUCGGCCAAAAAAAUAAACAUUCCACAUUGUUCCUUUGUUCCUGCGAAAGUUUUUCGGGUUUUGCGUUGAAGCUACAACUCUAACCUGUAAUGAAAGCUAGCAGUUUCGCAUCUUUCGGCUCUGUUGAUGUGUUUUCUGACUCUGUAUGCCACGCAGCUAUCUAUAAACAUGAACAAAGAGUGAAAUCAGAGAGAGAGAAAAAACACCAAUGACAUCAAAAAUCACUUUCUUCCUCAGAUUCAGGAAGGGGGUGUGGCUUAAAGUCAAAAGGCGGAGCUUGUGCAUUAGAUGUGAUUCAGAUGGUGAUAAUUGUUUUGAUUUGUGUAUUGAAUAUAAAUAAUAAAAUAAUAAGAUAAAUAAAUAAUCCCAAAGUCUUGUAGCUCCAGUGGAAGAAGGGACAGUGUGGAGUUUAUCUUUGGCCGAAGUGCUGCUUGAUGAAGGACGUGUUUCAGGGGGAAAAAAUCCCACGAUGCUUCUGAAAGGUGUUUAAUCCACUGAUUGGGGAAGAAGGUUUAUAAUUACUAGAAGCUCAGCACAAAGCAGACGGAGAGAAAAAGAACCGGAGGUGACGGAGCACAGAGACAGAGUUUGGAGCUGCAGGAGCUUCCUGUGUGAUCUGUACUCAGGUUCCUCCUGUGACGUGUGUAAAUAAAUAUAAAUACAUGUAUAAUUAUUAUAUUAAAGAUUUUUAACUACU